AUAAGGAGAAAAGUUGUCCCAGGUAACAGGUCACCAGCCUACCUGAGCUACCCUGGGCUGGCCAACUUUUCAUACAUAUUUUUCUUUAUACAAAACAUGGUAAACCGUUUAAAUGAGAUGCCAAAAGUUGGCUUGGCUAGAAGGAUGAACCCACCUAGCAUCACCCUCGAAGAAAAGGCAAGAUUCCCAAGCUCUGGUGUUCUCCGUUGGUAUGAAACUUCCCCCAUUCAUGACAAUCCUACUACUCUCAGUGGCAGAUCCAGC